GUUAUUAUGGGGAAAACUGUACGUCAUACAUAGACACAUGCAUGGUCUAAAAAGACUUAAAAUUCUGAGGAAAACAUUGACAGGAUAACAACUUUCUAUCAGUCUGUAUUACAAGGGUGUGAAUGGACUUGAGAGUUCUAUCAACUGUGGCUGUGAACUUACUGUCCAUAUGGCACUGUACCACUGCCACUUUGACUUUGACCCCUGUGAUGUCAGUGCCAGGAGAUGUCUACUUGGCUGGUGUAUUUACUCUAAAAGCGUCAACAGGCCCCGGGGGUGAUUGCAAUGGUCAAAUUUCUACGUCAUCAGUAAUGGAGCUGGAAUCAAUCAAGUGGUCUUUGAAUCGAUUGAACGAACACAAUUACAUCCCUGGAGUCAGGUUAGGUUUAAUCGCCUAUCCGACAUGCAUGACCGAGAAGCUGGCAGGUUACAGGGCGGUGGAGAUAUCAACAGCGAUUAAGGAGAAGUCCCAGAACAUCGUAGGAAUCGUCGGAGCCCAGAGGAGUUCCGAGUCCGAAUCAAUGUCCACAGUUCUUGCUCACCUUCCGGAUGUGAUGUCACCUCCCAUGAUUUCAUACGCUUCCACAUCCGUUUCUCUCAGUGAUAAAAUGAGAUUUCCCAACUUCUUCAGGACGAUCUAUUCAGAUCAGAUACAAGUUCAGGUAAUAACAGCUUUGAUGUUGGAGUUGGAGUGGAACUACAUAUCCAUUGUACACGAAAAUAAUGCGUACGGUCUUCAUGGAGCUGAAGCAUUGCAAGUGGAAUUACAAAAACAUGGAAUAUGUAUCCGUACCGUGCAUGGUUUUAAUACUACAUACGGGGUUGAAAUAUCCACUUUGAGUCAGAUCAUUAGAGACAUCACUUUGCCGAAAGGUGGCGCAGUGAGUGGAAUAGUAUUCUUUGGAGGACAAACGUCUGCUGAGAAAUUUUUGACGGCUAUGACAGAUCUUGCGCUCGGGGGAGACACCCCGUCCAUUAUUUUCUCAGAAGGAGUUGGUAUGUCAAAACAGGUGUUCAAAGCAGAAACUCUCACAGCGUCAAGAGGAAAUCUUGUCGUCAGCCCCACAUACCAGCCUAUGCCUGAUUUCUUGAAACAUUGGAAAGACAUUUUCAAGAACAAAACAUUACUGGCACAAGAAUUACGAACAAAUCCUUGGUUGGAAGAUGUAUUUCACAAUAUAAAGGGGUGCUCUCAUAAUGAUCCAUCCUGCGUUGUACCAACAGAGGCAGAAAUGGACGACACCAUAUCGAAGAAUAUAUAUGUAGAGUUUGCUAAGGACACAAUUUGUAUGUUUGCAAAAGCUUUAAAAGAUGCUAAAGGUGCAGUUUGUCUGAACGAUUCUUGUUCUUUGCUUCAGAUGAAUGGAAUUAGCAAGUUUUUAAACGCAGUGAAAACACUAGACGUAAACGUUUCAGUAGAUUUUGAAUCAAUUUUUUCACAGAAUAAAAGACUCGUCUUUGAUGAAAAUGGAGAUAUGAAACUAACUGAGAAUGUAGAUGUGUUUUCCGUGUAUAAUUACAGAAAAUGUCUUAACGAUGAAUCCCAGUACUGCUUCGUUCAGAUUGCAAAUUUCACCAACAGCAAAAUUAUGAUAAACCAAGAUGUGUUGAAAGAUUAUGACCAGUCUGGAACGGAAAGAAGUUAUCGCAAAGCUCAGUGUAAGCAGGGUGACAUCUGUACAAUCUGCCUUCGACAGGACGAGCAAAUCUAUUACAAACCAGGAGACCUCAUAGUAAUAGCUGCAUUUCCGAUCCGCAAUGUGGGAACAAUGCCGCUACAAUGCGGAGGUCUGCGAAGCAACGUCGGUCUUGACGUGGCACUGGCUGUAGAGCACGCAGUGGAAAGAAUUAACAACGAUUCAACCAUUUUUGAUGGCACUGAAAUAGGAUUCAUAAUUCUAGAUACUUGCAACGAUCCUCUCAUAAUUCAAGACAGGAUACUUCGCCUCUUCAGGAAAGACGGUUAUCCUAGGCUGCCAUCGGAUAUUACAAACCGGAUCCUGGGAUACGUAGGGCCACUAGGAAGUACCCCAACGUUAGCAAUGACGUCAAUUACAAAAGAUCUGCAAGGAAAACCACAGGUUGGAUGUUGUUCUACGUCUACAGAUCUCAGUGACAGAGAGUUAUAUCCAAAUUUUGUAAGAGUUUCAACCCCGCUGAACUAUACUGCAGACGCAAUGGUUCAAAUAUCUAAGAAGCUAGGUGGCUUAUACAUUCAGAUUAUAUACAGUUCGGGAUCUUACGGUAACGGUGGAAAGGACGCAAUUGUAUUGAGUGCAAAGAAACAUGGAGUCUGCGUAGCGAAUCAAAUAGAAGUUCCUGAAAAGUCUAACUAUAUCCGGGUACUUGAUAAACUUCGAGUGAAACCAUCAGCCAGAGUGAUACUGACUUUUCUUCGGUCUCAUGUUGGUCCUCAUGUAAUGCAAAUUAUCGCAGACAAUAUGCAGUCCGAUGAGGAAUUUCACUUCAUAGCAUCAGAAACGUUGGGCACCCGUCAGCAGUAUCUCAUUCCUCGGCUGAAAGGGACAUUAUCCGUUGCGCAAGAAAUGCCACAAAGUUCAUCCUACCUUCACUAUUUAGAAACUAAAUAUCCCAAACCAACAGACGAUAAUUCUUGGCUUACAGACGUCAUCCAGAGCCGUCAAGGGUGUUUUUAUCCCUGGAGUUUCAAUAAAUCUACAGCUCUAUCGAGGGAAUGUGAUCAAAACGACCGCUUAUACAAUAAAGACAGCCUUCUGAUAGACCCCUGGGCAACAUAUCUUUUACAUGCUGCUCUUGCUUUGUUGAAAGGGUCUGCAAGUGCUUUACGCGAUAUAUGCUUUACAACAAAAAGCAUAUGCCCGGGAUACUCCGAUACGACCAAAGUUUUGCAAUACAUUAAAGACGUCAAACUAGAUCUUAAUCAAAAUGCUUCAUCGGUGCCUGUUUUUGAUGAAAAUGGGAAUGGAAAAUAUGGAAAUAGGAUAUAUCUUAUUGUAUCUGAAGAAGGGAAACUGUCCUAUGAAUUAGUCGGACAUCAGGCCCCAUCAACUGGCCUAAUAUUUGACAAGGAGACGGAGAUAUUUCCGGGAUACAAGGGCGAGACAAAGUGUCCUAACCCGCAUGACUGCAAAUUCUGUGAAACCUUUCUAAACAACAAAGGACAAAGCACGGACCAUGGAGAUCGGAUCUCAUCCACAGAGACUUCUCUCAUCGCUGGCGUGGGCGCUACCAGCUUUUUGGCCCUCCUCUUUCUCGUCCUAUUUUCCUAUCAAUGUUGGAAACUACGGAGAGACCCAACUCACCAUUACUCUGAAGCAAACAUCCGGGGCAGAGAUUACCUUGACCCCCAGCAUGUGGCCGGACCUGACAUAGACCAUUACCCUGAGGCCAACAUCCGGGGCAGAGAUUACCAUAAUAUCCAGCAUGUUACCAGGCCGGUUGUUAUGGAUGAAAUUCUUCAUGAUGAAAAUCAUCAAGGGCGAACGAAUGAAUCAUUUCAGUCCUCACGAUUGGAAGAUCUUAAUUAGAACGAAUAUUCACCUAUUCCAUUGUCUAAUCACACUCGGGUUUUCCUUUAUGAAAUAUAAGGAAAAUUCUACCACAGUUAUUGCAAAUAUCAAAGGAAUGACGCGGUCAUGAUUCUACGAUAUACCUUCAUACGUAUUAACUGAUUACGAAAAAAUUGACACUCAUCUCGCUUGUACUUCGACUUUUGCUAAUGCAACAGUAAAGUCGAUGACUGAUGAUACAAUCUUAUAAUCAUAGAAAUCAAUCAAUAUAUGUUGUAAAACAAAUUCAUAAAUGACUGAAGAACAUUUGUCGUUCAGUGUAAACCGCAAUAUUCUGCAUUCUUAGAGCGAUACACAUGUAAAUAUUGACGAUGCACAGACAAGUUUUUCUUGAACUGUAUUCAAAGCAAUUGAUAUAAUCCGUUAAUAUCAAACUACAUGCAUGGAAGUUUUUUUUUCAAAAUAGAUUUAGAAUACCCCUACCAUCUCGCCUUUUUCGUCAGCAAAAAACAAUGUAGGCCGUUUCGGAAACUGUCACAAUGGCAUAAUUCGUAGCUAUAUAGGAAAACAAUCGGUUGUAUAUUUCGAAGCCGUAGUAAAAUAAGAAAUCUUGUUUUCGGGUAUGUUGCAGGACAAACUCCUUGGUAUCGAAAUAUGGCGCCUCGGCUUUUAUAUGUCAAAACAACAUAUCUCGACCUCGGAGGUUAUCCUGCGACAUACAUGAAAACGCGAUCAUUAUUUCUUAAUUAAAUCAGCUGCUUGUGCUAUACGAAACCUAAAACCCUAUGUUUAGUCAGAAUACAGUUGUUGAGAGUAAGAAAGGUAUAUAAUUGUUAACCGUAUUAGAUGGUCCAUUGUAUCAUCAAUUCCUAAUGUAAAACUACGAAGGUGCUUUAGAAUGUAUAUUUGUACACCACAUUAAGAUAAGUGUAGAUUGCUUGUGAUAGAUCAAGAUGCGAGAUACAUACAAAAUUGUAUAUUUACAUUUGCCAAUGCACUUCCCUAUAUGACAGUACUAAAGAAAUUGAUGUUCAAUUUCGUGUGACAUGAAUUUGGUCAUGUGAUCCGUUUGUUCUUGCGUAUGAAUACAGUCACCGCUUCAAAAGUCAGUUCCUGUAUUUUCACCUGGCUUCUUGCUUAUAAUGCAAUGCAGUGGGCGAUUUAGACCCCCCCCCCUCUCGCCACAAAUUUAAAUAAUAGAAAUAGUGUGAGUAAAAUUCCCAGAUUGGCACCCAAAAUGGCUAAGCAUUUUGGCUAAUACUUGACUUUCACACACACACUUUCGUAACCCCUGGAUCCGCCACUGCAAUCACAUCAUAACAGAAAUAAACGCAGCAGGAUAUUUAUGCAGUUUAUUUUGUAAACAAACAAGAAUUUCAUCAAUUUAUAAAAGAGAAAUAUUAAACAUAUAUCGUUCUGUUGUUUCAUUUUAUACAGUUUUAAAUACCGUCUGCAACUUCUGCAUGGCGAAUUUAUAAAAUAAAGUUCUAUGAUAUUGGAAACGAAAACAUGUAGGCAGAGUUAUAAGCCUACAUGUAUUUACUUCAUGAUGAUAAGUUAGCCUGUUGUUUCCUGGCAACUUCCAUCACGGCUAUGACUCGGCAUGAUCAUAAGCGAGGCUGGUUUCGAGGCUCGAAAAAUUUACAUGUUCAUGUCAGGGUACCGGUGCAAGUCUUCAUUAAAAUCCUACAACAGAAAUAUCUCAAGUGAACAAAAACUCCGUCAGUUCGUUUUUAUUUUAUUUUACACACACUGAAGGUAAAUAAAAGACGCAACCUACCUGCACUUGGUCUAAAUCUGUCCUACUGUCUUGAAUCGUCUCCUGCAUGGCUACAACCGCGAGUCCUAACGAUGAACAUACCGUUGUUUCUUUCCAAAAACCUGACUAAGAGCUUAACGUUAACUUGACCCAUCAAUUCUCAAUUCUCUCAGAUCCUUUGAAUUUCUGUCGAAAUCUGUGAUCAACAAUUGCGUUUUCAACUUAGUAAGCUAGACCGACGCCAGUUUCUCCAUCGCUGAUCGUGACCAAAUCACACCACGGAUGUAGUUUACUCCGCUCUUCUUGUCAUCAUUUCAGUUAACUUUACGCUCUAAAUUACCUUUAUUUUUACACAUGUUUCGUCUUUUUUUAACAUUUUCAAUUAAAUAUCUAUAUCUUAUAUUCUCUUUGAUAUUGUUCCUAAUUUUUUAUUCGAUAAAACUCUUACGAACUAUAUUUUGUUCGUGGAAUCGAAGUCCACUAGGAACUUACGUGAGUAAGCGGUUUGAAAUAAAGAGCUAAAUAUUCCCUUCUUUCUAGCUAGAAAACAACAGUGACAGAAAGAAUGUGGACGAAGAACAGAUGUCGAACCUGUAAUCGCCAAAUAAAAUUUGUUGAAGUGGUGAAAGGAUGGACCAGAGUCAGUUGUCAUUCUAUGAUAACCUAAAGAAAGAGUGUGAAUCUAGAAUGGUAUAUUUACUACCUAUAAUUAUAUUGGGCGAUCGAUUUGUCAGCUCGUGCACUCGGGAGCUUCAAUCAUUCCUUCGUUCAUUUGGCGUUCAUUCCAGGGGAAUUCUACCCCCAAAUCUAUGUUUCGUUUUGCUUAUUAUUACGGUACACAUGUAUACCAGUUUAUAUUAUCACAUAUAACUUAUUAUACAUAGGUAGUUUGUUAAUUUUUUAAUACACUGUAGAUUUUUACUAGUAUGUAGUGUUUUCUUAGACUAACAGAAGUUUUAUGCCUGCUGGGAUCAGUCCCAGGAAUACGUUAAAUAUUGCUCCUGGGUUCAGCUCAGAGUACUCGUUCCGUUUCGAUGCCUGCUGGGAUCAGCCCCGGGCAUGGUCCGCUCGUUCUUUCAUGCCCGCUGGGAUCAGUCCCGGGCAUGGUUCACUUUCUUUGAUGCCUGCUGGGAUCAGCCCCUGGCAUAGUUCACUUGUUCUGUGAUGCCUGCUGGGAUCAGCCCCGGGUAUGGUUCACUGUAGAUGCCUGCUGGGAUCACCCCCAGGCAUACUCCUGGGAUCAACCCAGAGUGCAGUCUGUGUAUAUAUUGACCCUAGGCAGGGUCGUUUACUCUUUUACUUGGGAUAGUUUUGAUGUUAGGAUCAAGCCAGAUAUUGCUAUUGAUAAUAAGAUUGUUAAGAAAGGAAUGAGUAGCCCCCAAGACGCCAAAUUAUUAGUUAUUGUAGUUGUAGUAUGUGUAUAUGUACAAAACAUGAUAUGGCACAAUUGUUUAUAUGUAGUGAUGUUAGGGGUUUGUAAAGACCUAAUAAAAUUUUAAACUGUA